AACCGAACCGGAUCCGGGAAGAGCCGUACAGGCGUUGAAAGAACGGUGUGCCGAGCAGGAAGGAAAGGGGGGCAUCGUUAUAUAGGCGUGGUACGCUUUCCCCGCUUCGCCAUCUCCUCCUCCCGUGCGGCCUCCGCCCCCGCUUGCGCAGAAGCGCAACCUACCACUGGCCACUGCAGAGCACAGCUACUAGUAGUAGGUAUACGUAACUGAGUGGAGUGGUAGAGGCGAGCGCGCGGGAGGACGCCUCCGCUGCACGCGCGGGCCUCUCUGUGCAGCCUUGCAGGAGGAAGAGGAAGGGAUGGCGGCCGUGGUGGCGGCGGUGGAGGCAGGGGUGGUGGCGGUGGCGAGCGGGAGGAGCAGCAGGCUGCUGCGGAGCCUCUACUGGCGCCUGCGCGCGCUGGUUCGGCGGCUGCAGUCGGAGCGGGCCAGGCGCGGGCGCCGGUUCAGCUUCCACUACGACGCGCUCAGCUACGCGCUCAACUUCGACGACGGACGCGCCGCUUCCGCCGCCGACCUCGUCCUUGUUUCCAGCGACGUGCUUCGGUGACGGACUGAUUGAUUGUUAUCGUGGGCACUGGGUUUCUUUGGGGGGCGGGAGGUUUGUGCAGUGGAAGAUGAUAGGCUGGGGUGGGCCGUCGGCGUUUCUUGUGUGCUGCGUGCUUCUUGAUUUAAAUAGGACCUGCGAUUUCGGUUCU